UAUAGCAAUAAUAUUUCAAACAUAAUUCUGUUGGUCAACGUUUUAAACAUUAACCAUUAAUCUAAUAACUGAAUUUGUAUUAUUAUAUAAAUUGGAAAAAGAUAAAGAGAUACAGGAUGUAAAAGGAAAAAAGAAAGAAAUGAAAUAUAGAUAGACCUAUAGCACAUACAUGGAAUUAAUAGUAAUCGUUUUUAUUCAUUUACGAUUUAUAGUCACAGGAGAACGCAUCUCGCCUGCAUACGUUUUGUUUCUGUUUCUCAUUGCUGUUAUAAAUGGGAUAAAUACAAUCUCUAAAUUAUGGUUGCUCUUAGCAUUUUAUACUUGAUUAGUUUAUUUUCAAUUUCUUCAACAAAUUUGUUGAUCUCAGUAAAAUGGAAAAUCAACUGGAACGACUUUCAGACGUCAAUAAUAUGUUCAAAAUAUAAUUGCAGUAGAUAUUCAAUAUACUUCUCGUGAAGAUCAAUUCAAUUUAUCAAGUCAGAUGGAUUUAUUUGAAAAGUCUAUAAGAGAGGAAAAGAUAAAAAUUGAUUGUAUACUAAUAUAUGGAAAUUUUAUAAAUGUUUAUAACAUAUUUAGAAAGAUUUACACUUCUGUACAUGAAACUUAUUCGAUUGUGAAAUUUAAAUGGAUAUUUUUAAUUGAAAAUUUUCAAUACGAUUAUAUUUCGUUAACUAAAUUUAAUCAUAUUGUCAAUAUUGCUAUUAUUUACCAGGCAAAGAAUAAGACUCUUCAAUAUUCAAAUUUAUCAUUUCAUCGUGACAAUAAUGGAAAUAGACUAUGGCAGUUUUGGGGUAACAUUGGUAAUAGAUCUCUGUCAAAUCUACUACUCUUUCCAUAUUGUAACUAUGGUUUGAAUAAAAUGAAAUUAAGAAUAGCAACGAAAUCAUGGCCAGCUUACUCUGCGUGGAAUGAAAAUAUUGGAAACUUUGAAGGACUGUCUAUUGAAUUAUUGAAAUAUGUCAUGAAUGAUUUAAAUUUCACUACUGAAAAAAUACAAACACCAGAAGAUGAUAAAUGGGGUAGCUUGGAGAAUAAUACGUGGAAUGGACUAAUAAAAAUGUUAAUGGAUAAUAAAACUGAUGCAGUAUUUGCUCCUCUAACUCCUCUUAAAGAUAGGCAAGAUGUAAUGGACUUUUCGCUACCUUAUCAUUUUGUAAGGCCAAUGUUAAUAUUUAAAAAUCAUCUUCAUGAGAAUAAUUCAAAUGAGCGUGGGGAAUUCUUUUUUCUUCAACCUUUUUCGAAUAUUACCUGGAUAUUGAUAUGCGUUUCCGUCGCUGUAAUGGGUUUCCUGUUAAUGGCUUUGGAGAAGCAAAAAUCUUAUAUUUUCAGCACUGAACACUUAUUCUUUUUGGGAACUUUAUUCAAUCAAGGAGGAGGAUACGGUAUAAAUUCUAAAGGUUACGUAAGAAUAAUCCUAUCCGGAUGGUGGAUAUUUUCAAUAACAAUGGUCGCCUUUUUCUCUGGAAAAAUAAUAGCGGAUUUGGCUGUUUAUAAAGCCAAGUAUCCAUUCGAUACGCUAGAAGAUUUGGUUUAUAGUAAGGAUUAUACGCUAAUCACUUUAGGAGAUGCCGCAUACGAAUCAUUAUUAAAGAAUAGUAAAAGUUGGACAUACCAAGCAUUAUGGGCGAAAAUAGCGAAAGCUGCUAGGGAUAAUCCAGAUGUUAGACAUACGGAUGAGAAGGUUAUAAUACAAUUAGUCCUAAAUGUCAGUAUGAAUAUAUUAUCUAUAAGCUUUCAUUUAAAGUUAACAAUGCAUUACAUGAAUAUUCUCCAUCAUAUGAAAAAAAGGGAGGAUACGUAUUUCUUACGGGUGGAUACGAGCCCAUAAUCAACAAUCAUCCGGAAUUAUCUAUCAAGAAUAUGGGUAUAUCGUUUUCAACUUAUAACGUUGGUGUUCAAAAAAAUUCAUACUAUAACGUUCUAAUGUCCAAUUCAAUCUUGAAAGCACAACAUUCAGGUAUGAUUGGUAAAUGGAAAAAACAGUUUCUAUCAACUCCUAAAUUGAAAAUAUUCGAAAAGACAAGAUUUAAGUCGACUAUCUCAAGAGUUUCAUUAAGAGAUAUUGCGCAUAUAUUCUACAUAGUGAUAUUAAAUAUUUCAGCUUCACUUUUGACGCUAGUACUGGAGAUCCUCUUAGUCAAAUUGAAAUACUAUAAUAAGUAUAAAUGAUUAUAUUGAAAAGAAAAAAAAAACAAUCAGUUUCCUCAAAUCGUUUGUUUGUUUGUUUGUUUUUACUCAAAAGAGAAAUUAAAACCCAAAAGAAAAAAAUGAAAACUAUUUUUUUAUUUUGAGUUUUUUUUUUAUUAAAAAAAAAAUAUCUAAAAAAUAAAAUAUUCCUUCUUAUCUUAUUUUGCUUAAGAGUUAAGUUAAAAUAAUAAGAACACUGUUACUGUUAUAAUCUUCUUUUUCUAAAUUCUCUUGAAUAGACUAAAAUUUGAACG